AUGAACGAUAACCUAAAUCACCGUGAAAUUGGCAACAUCAAGUUGAAAAAGUCGAAUAGGAGACAGCAUUCAGGGCAGUUUACUUUUAGAAAAUAAAAUCUUCACUAAAACAAGUGUUCCUAAUCUCAAGAGUGGUCUUGAGAAGGAAGCCAAAAUGUCCACUAUACCACUCAUUAAGAGGAAGAUGGAGGAAGGAUAUCGCACUUUCACAAAGAAAGACUCGUGUACCUCUGAAACUCAUAGAAUGGUGCAAGUAGGUACUCCAAGAUACGAAUUUUCCAACCAAGUGAUUCAAAAUUAUCUUAAAACUCCCAAAAAUGUCAACGGAUCAAAUCAGAUUUUAUGAAAAAAUGCACAGAAGACAAGUCAUAUGAUAAAGAGAGAUCUUGUGCACCAUAAAAAUUUCAGUGGGUAUCCACCUCCUACAGCUCCUGCUUGUAGGAAGAGCAAAUCCUGCUCAACUCUUCAUGACGAGGAUAUUGAGGAUCAGUUCAUUCGGGAGAAAAUAGGCCAUCUUUCCAAAAAUCCACCUGAAUUUCAGAAGCCAGUGGUCAAAACUAAAAUUAAUACAAUUUUCAAUGGAGAUACCUUCAAUGAUGAUGAGAUCCUUCGUGAGAAGUCCAUCAGGUCUCCUCGAGAUAUCAAAAAUCUGAAGAGUGCCAUGGGUAUCCGGGAGAAGCCAGUUAAAGUGAAGAAGUCUAAAGGGCUCCUUGCUGCAUACCUCAGUAACAAACAUUUCAUUCAGAAAGAAUUUGAUAGAUUGAGUGCUGACCAUAAGUUGAUCUUAGCGGAUUUUGAGUAUCCACAGGAUCUGAAUGAUCUGAAGAAAUACAUGAUCCAUCUGGAUCCUUCCAUAUGUGAAAAAAUUUAAUUAUAUUAACAAAGAUGUCCACAGCAUUGUAGGAUUCAACAUGUUUAGACUAUUAAACGGAGGUAAAGAUUAUGAAAAAUUUAUUGAGAAUGAGCACUCUCUUACAUGCUGUGGUGAAACUUACACCCUACAACUGUACUUAGAAGAGAGAUAUCUAGUGAAAGAGUUUAAUAGCUGAUUUGAAAGGAUUUACAAACAAUUUAUUGAACCUUUAAAACCUCACAGCACUAAGAGAAUAGACAACGCAAUGCUGCUGUUCUCCUACAUCUCUGCUGAGCUACGUAACCAAUUAAAGCUAAAAUGUGCCGAGAAGGGGCAAAUAAUCGACAACCUGAUCAUUCUCUACUAUGAGACUCUAACCUCUGUUAUAAAAGUUCUUGAGUACAAAAUAAAGCAUCAUGAUGUAAUCCAGGAACUCACAGAGGACCUUAAGAAGAAGAACAAGAUUGUCAAUAGCCUACAGAAAGAGAAUGAGUCGCUCAGGAAGGAAUGUGAAGAGAAAGAAAACAGUUAUGAAGUUCUUAGAAACCAUCGGGAUAAAAUCAGAAUUGAGAAGAAGAUUCUUAACUCAAAGCUCAUUGGCAUGAAGGCUAUUGUUAAUAAGACCCUUAAGGUUAAUUACUCGGCACUGUUUCAGUUUGGAAAUGAGCAUGCAAGCCAGCUCAGUGAUAUCGUCAAUAGUUACAAGAUCUUCUCACAGUUCGAAGUGAAGGAUUCUUCAGAUCCUGAAGAGUUUGACAGAAUUUAUUCUAAUAUUAAAGACACUCUGGAUUUACAUUCAGAGAGUGAAUUCGACCCUGAUUACAAGUUGAUCGAAGGACUUAUAGAGGAGGUAGAAUGUAGACUAAAAGAGGUCGAAAACUCAGGUAGUCCUAAAAAGUCCAUGAAUUCCAAACAGAAACUUGAAUUAAAUAAAGACUUGGAUCCAAUUACAAAAUAUAUUGAGACUGAAGAGGACAAAGAGAGAUACCAAAGAAUUUUAAGAACAAAAACAUUUGACUUCACCCCAACAACUACUGACCAGGAGAUUCAAUGUGAAUUUAAUGUUAAGUCUCCUUUUAUUCCUUUGGUGGACAAGAAGAAUUUGAGCACCUUCUCACCGACGCAGAAGAUAAGCAAAAAGAAAAGAAAUCUAGCUAGGCCUAAAAAUAGCACCAAAAAUGUCACCAGAAAUAGAGGAGUUGAUAUCAACCAUUCCAAAAAUAUGAAAUUUACUAAAGAAGAUCCAAUAUACAUGAGUGAGAGCUGCUCUAUGAAUUCAAGCUUUUACCAAGACUCCAAUGAAGAUGAACCAUAUAUUCAAGGUAUUGAUGCAGCUGAGGGGAGAGUCUCUGAGUCUGCUGUUCUGGACACUCCUUCUGAGACAAAACAGAUCAUUCAAAGCCCUGAACCUCCAAAAACCAACAAGAAUAUAUCAUUCAGUGAUAAUUUCCAAAUCGAGUACUUAAAGUCAGAAUCCCUAAAUUCCUUAAAGAAACUUCCUAUCGAUCCUGAAAUUCAAAUAGAGCAAGUGUCUGAUUUUGAUGCUUUCAAUGGCAACUCUCUUAUAAUUGAGGAACUACCAGACCAAGAGCACACGGACUCAGAGGUAGACCAGAAAUGAAGUGAAUCAAACGAGGAGGAGCUUCGGUAUAAAGUCCCUAUUAAGCUCAUGAUUGCAGCUAAAAAUCUCUCUAACAAAAUCAGGAAACUCCCCAAGGACGAGUACGGUGAUGUCUACUAUGACUGAAAAGAUCCAUCAGAUAAAUGGAGCCAGAAGCUUAAAUAAGGCAGGCGAAAUCAUGAUGUUCUGGGUCAAGAAGUUAUUCAACGCCAAUGAUGAGAAGGAAAUGAACGAAGUCACAAAAGAAAUGAAGAAACACACAAUUACUUAUGAUAAAGAAAUUCAGGUUUCAACCCUUAUAAAGAAAGAUAAAUUAAAAAUUGAUCUCAGACCAGCAUCUAAAGAAGCUCGAAAGAGAAGAGAUACAGACAAAUUCUCUGAAUGUGGCUCUCAAAUAAGAAGUGGCUCCUCAACGAUCAGAAGUAAAGGUAACCAGAAAUAUUAUUUCCUAAAGUCUGGAAGGAAAAGUAUGUUCUUUCCCUCUAAGGAUCUGACCUCACCUCUGAAUCCUCCUCAAGUAACUGAGACAGUACCAUUUAAGUUCCAGAUGAUCCCUCAAAAACAGAUGAAAUCUUAUAAUUCAGACUUACCAAAGUACAUUUUAACCUUCAAGAAGUCCUACUUGGGAAACAAGAAGAAGAUGAUAAAAUAAUGUGCGUGCGAUUCCAUUAAAGCUGUUCAUCAAGAACAUCUUUGGAUUUUACAAUGAGAAAAGCCUGUGUGCGAAAAACUCAGCCUCUAUCAAGUACCAAUCACUGUCUGAUUUCCUUUAUGAUACCACAUAUAACAAAUAUGGAAUUGUGAAACUAACAGAGAAAAAAUUAAAAGAGCUCUUGCUCACAACUGCUUUGAACUAUAAAAAGCAUCCUGAAGUUGAGCUAUUCGGGCAUUUCAUCGGAAUUCUGGACAAAUAUUACACCAAUGAUGACCUCACAUUUUACUAUAAAUUAGAAAAGAUUUUCUCUAACAUGAAAUUUGAGAAAGAGGGUGCCCACUUGACAGCUCUGGAGAUUCACUUCAGAGAGAAACUUAGUCAGCAGCAGUUAGAAGAUUUUAUCGGGAGAGUUCAAAGAGAUAUCAACUCAAGCCCGAAUGCUCAAAAAUAAGAGCAAGAAUAAAUAUUGGUUCAUCAACAAAUUUAUCAGACAUUACAGAAAGCUCAAGAUGGUAGUUGCAAAAGAGCUCUCAGAGAUCUUAACUCUUCAGGAUAUCUCUCCUUGCUCUAUCAAAACUAAGGAGUCCAAUGAGAGUGAAAAGAUAAUGCUCCAAGAACUCACAGUUGAGUCAUUUAAGAAGAUAAUUACCCAGCUGGACACCACACAUAUUCUAAGCGAAGGCCAGAUCGACCAUAUCGCUUCUAACUUCACCAAUGUAAAGAUCACAGCUGAAAAUGCGGUAUCUAUCAUCAUCGACAAAGGAUUAUGGAACAACCAAAGAAAUCAAGGAACAGAGUCCAAACCAGAAGAGCCAUAGUCCU